UUUUCGAAAAAAAAAAUUCCAACCGUGGACGGGUAAAAUACUAGGGUGUAUUGUAUUGUGUGUGUGUGCGACAAAAAAAAAUCCGAAGCAGCAACUUGAGGAGUACUUGUUGCAAAAAAUAAAAAUUCAUAUUUGCCUAUUCUAGGUUUUUACACUUCAAAAUAUACGUGUGUGCGAAAAUCAAGACGGAGUAUUAUGCGAAUAUAAUAGUCUGUAAAACGAAGUAACAUUACACAAACACACAAUACGCUUUCGUGCAUUCAUUCAAAGCAAACGAAGUAGUGUAUGUUGAAUGAUAUACAAAAGGGGUUCCACAAUCAAUCUCGUGGUAAAAAUGUUUUAGUCUAGAACGGAAGGUAAUCGUGGAAACAUCAUUUUCAUCAUUUAUCGUGUCCACAUAAUAUGUCGACAUCGUAUGGAACUUGUAACAGUUCCAGACCAACAUCCCGAUGGAAAAAAUUUCUUAACACAAACCUCCUCACUAUCUUCACUAUAGUCGGCGUAUUUGGUGGUACUGGUCUUGGGUUAGCACUAAAAAGCAGGGAGCAACCAUGGACAGAACGCGAAGUUAUGUACAUACAGUAUCCCGGCGACUUAUUCUUACGCAUGCUAAAGUGCUUAAUUGUUCCAUUACUAGUAUCGAGUAUCACCAGUGCUAUUGGUGCCCUAGAUUUAAGCAUGUCGAAAAAAAUUGCAUUUAGAUCAAUUGUUUAUUAUUUCACAACUACUAUCUGUGCCGUCAUUCUCGGCAUUAUUCUCGUGUGUACAGUGAGACCCGGACAAGGUGGGUUAGCUAAUGAUACUACAAAGGAUAAACCACCGCCAAGACAAGUACUCACGGCAGAUACUUUGCUCGAUCUUAUUCGAAACUUGUUUCCACCAAAUAUCAUUCAAGCGACUAUUUUCCAAUUCCGAACCGUUCUACAACCGCCUGCUGAUGGAAGAAAUGUUUCACUCCAAGACUACAAAAUUACGUCUGAAUUCACGCAAGGAACAAACGUUCUUGGCUUGGUAAUGUUCAGUAUUGUUCUUGGUGCGACAAUUGGUAAACUUGGAGAACGUGGAAAGCCGCUACAGGAUGUUUUUGAAACUUUAUCGGAAGCUAUGAUGAUCAUCACGUCCUGGGUAAUUUGGAUUUCUCCAGUUGGUGUCUUUUUUCUCGUAACUGCCAAACUUUUAGAAAUCGGAUCGUUUAGUGAAGUCGUUGGACAGCUAGGAUGGUAUUUCGUUACUGUCAUGCUGGGUCUCUUUUUGCAUGGAUUCGGAACGAUUUCUGUGUUGUUUUUCCUUGUAACUCGAAAGCAACCUUUUGGUUUCAUCGCAAAAAUGGGCCAAGUAUUGGCGACGGCUUUCGGAACAGGAUCGAGCUCCGCAACUAUGCCAAUCACCAUUGGUUGUUUAGAUAAAAUGGGAAUUGAUCCACGAGUCACUCGGUUCGUCAUUCCUGUCGGUGCCACAAUCAAUAUGGACGGAACAGCAUUAUACGAAGCGGUAGCUGCUUUAUUUAUUGCGCAACUAAGAAAUAUUUCCCUCACUUUUGGACAUAUUGUAGCAGUUAGUGUGACAGCCACUGCUGCCAGUAUAGGAGCUGCUGGAAUCCCGCAAGCUGGCCUCGUCACGAUGGUCAUGGUACUCGAUACCGUUGGAUUGCCAGCUGAGGAUGUCACAAUUAUCAUUGCUGUAGAUUGGCUUCUUGAUCGAUUCCGGACAACAAUUAACGUCAUGUGCGAUGCGUUAGGCACCAUUUUGGUCAAUCACUUAAGCAAAAACGAUCUUGUUCACGAUACACACUUGCAACAAGAUGCCAACGAGCCCCACGAACUGGUAGAAUUGCGACACGAAUCUACAGAUAAGGAAUAAAUCCCGUCUUGUGGAAAAUCAUCAUGAAAUUUAUUAUCAAUCAGACACAUAAUCAAACGUAAAUGUGGAAAAAUUCGACCAAUAUUUUAAUAAUAAUAUAACUACUUUAAAAAAUUAAAAAAAAAAACAAUGUUGCGAUAUAAAGAAAAGUUUAUUCUCUAAUCUUGUUGUUAAUCGUUAUUUCCCUCUUCCAUUCUUUCCAACAUUACGAUAGAAUAUAAUCACAUUAAAAUAAUGUUACUAAGUGGAAAAUGAAAACAAUAAAUGAAGAUAAUAAUUAAUGUAUAAGAAAAAAAAACACUUGACCAGAAGCCAAAUAUUAUAUUAUUAAUGUAUAUUUUAUUUAAUAAACACCGAUAAUUACAAACAAAAUAUAAUUAUAAAAGACAGCAAAAGGACGUUUAUUUAUCAUGUACCAUGCGCAUCCACAUUGGUAUUACCUAUUUUAUGACUGAAAAUUUUUUUAGUAUUUCAAAACAUAAUUUAUAAUAUUUAAUAAAAAAAAAUAUUAUUAAUAAAUUCAAUAAAAUAAUAAUGAAUAUCAACAACAACAAAACAAGUAUUUCUACGUAAAAUUAUGAAUGAAUGCCAAUAAAAUAUUUUAUCUUUAAAAAACAUAUCGUUAAAAUACGUAUUGAUAUUUAUUAAUAUAUUAAUUGUUAUUGAAUAAAAUAAAAAAAUCAUUUUUGGACAAACCGAUAUUCAUUAAAACUGGGGAUAAACUAUAACGAUGUUAUUUUAAAAAAAAAUAUAUGUAUAAUUAUUAGUUGUAGUUGUAGGUGUUAAUUGUCAUCCGUAUACUAGUUGUAAGAAAUAUUAAUACAAUAUUAAGUUCAAAUUGAAAUAUAUAGCAUACAUAUAUAAAAAAAGAGAGAGAAAAAUAGCCACAAAAUAUGUUUUCUGAACUUCAAUAAGUUAAGACAAUUAACAAUUAUAUUC